GCGCUGGACCGACCGGUGCGCGCCGUGUCGUAUAGCCUCAGCCGGCUCUCGGAGCUCAUCUCACCAAUCGGCCGCACCGUGCGGCUGACACGAGACCGCGACGCCGACGGACGUGCCAUGGCCCGACUCCUGGAGAUGGGGGACCUCGUCGUCGUCUGCCCCGAGGGCACCACCUGCCGCGAGCCGUACCUGCUCCGGUUCAGUCCACUUUUCGCGGAGCUCAGCGACGACGUGGUAGGUGUCGCCGUCGAGACGGCCAUGUUCUACCCCACCACGGCGGGGGGGCUCAAGUGCCUCGAUCCGUUCUUCUACAUGGUCAACCCGAGGAUGUGCUACACGGUGCAGUUCCUGGAGCAGGUGCGCACGGCGGUGGUCAGGGAGGGGAAGGUGCCGAGCGCCGACAUGGCCAAUCUCGUGCAGAAGAAGAUUGGAGAUGCGCUCGGAUACAGCUGCACUAUGCUCACCAGGAAGGACAAGUACCUCAUGCUGGCCGGCAACGACGGCGUCGUCCGCAAAGUAGACGGCAAGUGCUCGUCUCCUCCAGCGGGGAGGACGAACAACUGAUGAUGAAUCAUAUCUACACCUGUCUAUUUUGUCCUUACAGU